GACCUCCUACAGAAAAUACCAUUACACAUGCAUACAGUACGCUCAAAUGGACCGUUUUGUUGGUCGGUGUGAAAACCAAUAUGACCAUUGAAAAUAAAGAGAAAUUGUUAAGUCUUGGAAAGAUUGUAAGGGGAAAAAAACAGCUGAAUUGGAUAUUUUACUUUUACAUAUUGAGUGAAGACUGAGUUUGUCUCUUCAUAUGUUCCCGGUGAAUUUCACAUCUUCAACAGUAAAACUUCAAUCAAAGGAGGUUCUUCUGGGCGUGAGGAUGAACGGCAGCCAAUCAAACCUGUCUCUGAAGUGUGUGCGUGACACCAGCGUGACGGCGGUGGUCUUCCCCUGUCUCUACAGCACCCUCUUCCUCUUUGCGCUGGUACUCAACUGCCUGGCUGCAUGGAUCUUCUUCAACAUCCGUAGCACCACCACCUUCGUGGUCUACCUGAAAAACGUAGUGGUGGCAGACCUGCUGAUGACUCUGUCCAUCCCGGUGAAGGUCCUUGCGGACGCCGACGUGGGCUCCUGGCGUCUGCGUGCGUUCUACUGCCGCUACUCUGCCGUUCUCUUCUACACCACCAUGUACAUCAGCAUCCUGCUCCUGGGGCUCAUCAGCCUGGACCGUUACCUCAAGAUAGUCAGGCCCUUUGGGAAGUGCGCCCUCCAGAGGGUCGGAGUGGGACAGGCUUUGAGUGCGGCCGUCUGGGCUGUGAUGGUUUCUCUGGCUCUGCCCAAUGUCAUUCUGAGUGACCGCACACCGUUGCUCUCUGGUGGCCGGCUGAAGUGUACCUCUCUGAAGGGUCAGGCCGGCAUGCUGUGGCACGAGGGCUUCAACUACUUCUGCCAAGUGGUGUUCUGGGGAACACUAGCUCUGAUGCUGUUGUGUUACACCUUCAUCAGUCGGAAAGUCUACGAGUCCUACAAAGCCUCGCGUAGUGGCUCCAAAGCGGCCAGCCGCAGGACAAAGGCCAAAGUCUUUGUGGUGGUGGGGGUGUUUUUUGUUUGUUUCGCCCCUUUUCAUUUCGCCAGGGUGCCCUACACUCUCACCCAGACCCGAAACAUAGACAACCACUGUCGGGCGCAAAACGCACUCUACAUUGCCAAGGAGACCACUCUCUGGCUGUCUGCCACUAACGUGUGUCUGGACCCGCUGAUCUAUGUGUUCCUGUGCAGGAUGUUCCGGAAAAGAUUGACUGCCACACUCAACCGCAAGCCCCUCCCCCGGGGCGGUUUGGAGUCGCCCACGGCAACCUCCACUCAGCUGGAGAUGUCACAGAUGGUUCAUAACAGAAUGUUGGAUGUCAGUUCGGUCUAGAAGCACCACGGACAUGGUUUUUUUCUACAGCUCUAUUCAAUUGUAAAUAUAUUUUGGCCUGAUGUUCACCCCUGGACAGGUUGUGACCAGAGUAAAGCCCUCAAAUAAUUUGUGGAUAAGUGGCUCUGUUACUAAAACAGUGUUGCAGUGUUGCAGGUCUAAUAGGCUAUAAACAGCAGUGUUCCCACAUAAACAGCAGUGUUCCCACAUGGUGAUAGCCCAUGUGUGAUGAGUAUUUUGGAACAAAAUGGCUGGUGUUACAUCAGAUAACCAAAGUGCAGCAGGGCUUUCUAAAUAUAAUGUGUACCAGGCACAAGAGUCUACCCAGGCUAAUGUUUCGGUCUCUAAUGACAGCAAAGUCAUCCUGGCCUAACUUACUGUCAGCUCUCACUUCCCUUUCCCUAAUCUUCUCCAAAAAAUGCUUUCCUUUUUCUUCAUUUCACCAGAAAGGAAAACAACUUGACUGAGUGCUUUUAGAUAAUGUGAGUGUGACAAUGUAGCAUACACGCUUACGAAAUGGUAUGUUGUUUGUGUGUAUAGUAUAGGGUGAUGCAGUCUUUACAUGUUGUUGGAAAGCAAGACAAAAGCACAGUAUCUCAGACAUCUCAUGCAAAUACACCUAUAUGUACAAAAAUAUGUGGACACCCCUUCAAAUUAAUAGAUUCAGCUAUUUCAGCCACAUCCGUUGCUGACAGCCAUGCAAUCUCCAUAGACAAACAUUGGCAGUGGAAUGGCCCUUAUUGAAGAGCUCGGCGAUUUUCAACGUGGCACCGGCAUAGGAGGCCACCUUUCCAACAAAUCAGUUCGUCAAGUUUCUGCCCUGUUAGAGCUUCCCCGGUCUACUGUAAAUGCUGUUAUUGUGAAGUGGAAACGUCUAGGAGCAACAACGGCUCAGCCGCAAAGUGGUAGGGUGCACAAGCUCACAGAACGGGUCCGCCAAGAGCUGAAACACGUAGCGCGUAAAAAUUGUCUGUUCUCAGUUGCAACACUCACUACUGAGUUCCAAACUGACUCUGGAAGCAACGUCAGCACAAGAACUGUUCGUCGGGAGCUUCAUGAAAUGGGUUUCCAUGGCCGAGCGAUGUAAACCUCGCCACAAUUGAACUCUUAAAGCAGUGGAAAUGCGUUCUCUGGUGAGAUGAAUCACGCUUCACCAUCUGGCAGUCCGACGGACGAACCUGGGUUUGGCGGAUGCCAGGAGAACGCUACCUGCCCAAAUGCAUAGUGCCACCUGUAAAGUUGGUGGAGGAGGAAUAAUGGUCUGGGGCUGUUUUUCAUGGUUCGGGCCCCUUAGUUCCAGUGAAGGGAAAUCUUAACCCUACAGCAUACAAUGACAUUCUAGACGAUUCUGUGCUUCCAACUUUGUGGCAACAAUUUUGGGAAAGCUAUUUUCUGUUUCAGCAUGACAAUGUCCCCGUGCACAAAGGGAGGUCCAUACAUAAAUGGUUUGUCGAGAUCAGUGUGGAAGAACUUGGCCUGCACGGAGCCCUGACCUCAACCCCAUUGAACACCUUUGGGAUGAAUUGGAACGCUGACUGCGAGCCAGGCCUAAUCGCCCAACAUCAGUGCCCAACCUCACUAAUGCUCUUGUGGCUGUAUGGAAGCAAGUCCCCACAGCAAUGUUACAACAUCUAGUGGAAAGCCUUCCCAGAAGACUGGAGGCUGUUAUAGCAGCAAUGUUCCAACAUCUAGUGGAAAGCCUUCCCAGAAGAGAGGAGGCUGUUAUAUCAGCAAUGUUCCAACAUCUAGUGGAAAGCCUUCCCAGAAGAGUGGAGGCUGUUAUAGCAGCAAAGGGGGGACCAACUCCAUAUUAAUGCCCAUGAUUUUGGAAGGAGAUGUUCGACAAGCAGGUGUCCACAUACUUUUGCUCAUGUAGUGUACCAAUCAGUACACACACUGCAGAGGAAGAAUGGUUGGUUUAAUAAAGAAUGGUUGGUUUAAUAAAGAAUGGUUGGUUUAAUAAAGGAUGGUUGGUUUAAUAAAGGAUGGUUGGUUUAAUAAAGGAUGGUUGGUUUAAUAAAGGAUGGUUGGUUUAAUAAAGAAUGGUUGGUUUAAUAAAGAAUGGUUGGUUUAAUAAAGGAUAGUUGGUUUAAUAACGAAUGGUUGGUUUAAUAAAGGAUGGUUGGUUUAAUAAAUUAUGGUUGGUUGAAUAAAGGAUGGUUGGUUUAAUAAAUUAUGGUUGGCUUAAUAAAGGAUGGUUGGUUUAAUAACGAAUGGUUGGUUUAAUAAAGGAUGAUUCAAAGUUA